CAUAAAAAAAAAAAAAAAAACUCACAUAUUUUUUUGUCUUUUUUUCUUUUUCUUUAUUAUUUUAAAAGAAACCUUCACUACCCCCUUCUCUUUUUUUGACUAUUAUAUUAUGGAGAUUGCAUUGAUGCAGGCAAAGAAGACUUGCCCUUUUAUUCACGUUGCUUCUGCUUCGUCUUUGCGUCGAUUGACCACUGGUAAUACCAUGGGUCCUCUCAUGAGCAAAGCAAGACAAUGUCCAGUUAUGAGUCAAGCUAUUUCUUCUCGCUCCAUGUCUACCACGGUUGAGACUCCCAAGGAGGAGCCUGCUGUUGUACACAGUCACGCCGUCCCAGCUCAGCAAAAAGCUUUUGAUUAUGAAAGCUUUUAUAGCGAAGAAUUAGAAAAGAAGCAUAAGGACAAGAGCUAUCGUUAUUUUAACAAUAUUAAUCGAUUAGCCCAAAAGUUUCCUCGUGCUCACACUGCUCGUGUUACAGACGAAGUCACUGUUUGGUGUGCCAAUGAUUAUUUGGGGAUGGGUAGAAGCCCCGUUUUGAUUGAUAAUAUGAAGCGUACGUUGGAUCGUUAUGGUGCUGGUGCGGGUGGUACGCGUAAUAUUGCUGGUAACGCAGAUCUUCAUUUGCGUCUUGAAUCCGAGUUAGCCGAUCUUCAUCAUACAGAAGGAGCUCUUGUAUUUUCAUCUUGCUAUGUAGCCAACGAUGCUACACUUUCAACCUUGGCUUCUAAAUUACCAGGUUGUGUCAUCUUUUCAGACGCCUUGAACCAUGCUUCCAUGAUCCAGGGUAUGCGUCACUCAAAUGCAGCCAAAAAGAUUUUCCGUCAUAAUGACAUGGCUCAUCUGGAGCAAUUAUUGCAGUCAGUGGAUCCCAGUGUGCCUAAAAUCAUUGCAUUUGAAUCUGUAUAUUCCAUGUGUGGUUCGAUUGGACCUAUCCGUGAAAUUGUCAAGUUGGCUAAACAGUAUGGAGCCAUCACCUUUCUGGAUGAAGUGCAUGCAGUAGGUAUGUACGGACCAAGAGGAGCUGGUGUAGCAGAGCAUCUCGAUUUUGAUUUAAAUGCUACAAACCCUCAUCGUGGUAACGGUAGUAUCCUUGAUGAGAUUGAUAUUGUCACUGGCACCCUGGGUAAAGCCUAUGGUGUUGUUGGUGGUUACAUUGCAGGUUCGGCUUCUUUGGUUGAUAUGAUUCGUUCCUAUGCCCCUGGUUUUAUUUUCACCACUUCUUUACCUCCUGCUAUUGUUUCCGGGGCUAUGGAAUCUGUCAAGUAUCUUAAGGAAUCUACAGCUGAGCGUCAUUUGCAACAGACAAAUACACGUACUGUUAAAUCACGUUUGGGUGACAUUGGUAUUCCCGUAAUUCCUAACCCUUCCCAUAUCGUACCUGUCUUGAUGGGAGAUGCUGCUGCCGCUAAAUUGGCUUCUGAUGAACUCUUGUCCGAACAUAAUAUCUAUGUUCAAUCCAUUAAUUACCCUACUGUCCCUGUUGGUGAAGAACGUCUUCGUAUCACCCCUACGCCUGGUCACAAUGGUCCCAUGAUCGAGGAAUUGGUACAUUCAUUGGAAAAGAUUUGGAACCGCUAUGAUUUUAAGCGUGUUCAAGAUUGGUCUGCUCAAGGUGGAUGUGCUGGUGUUGGCACUGAAAACUCUACCACUCCUAUUCCCAUGUGGACUGAUAAACAGUUGGGUCUUGAUAUGGAUGAAACUGAACCAGCUUUCUCCAGUAACACCGCCGAGUAAAAAAACGUUAUAUUUCACAUGUCAUUUCUGUAUGAAAUAAAACAUUGUUACCCACCCAAAACACCAUCUAAUCUUUUUCUCAC